UGUCGUCGUCGUUGGGUUGAGUUUGUGGAAUUUGUGAUUGCAAAUUUGGGCGGUUUUUCGCGGCUUAUCCUUCGGGUCCGGUAGGAAAGUGUGAACAAAAGUGCAUGCCUUAGAUGUGGUGUAAAAUUUGAUCGCAACUGGGUCGAUUUUCCCGGGGGGAAAGGGCAAAACAUGAGAGCCCAUUAGCAGUCAGUCAGCUGAAGAAGAAGGUGUUAGUGGUGUGGAGCUCAGCUCAAUAGAGGCGAAGUAGUGGUGGAGCAACAGUGCUACACUAGACGAAAAUGGAAGAAGAAAACGAAACCAGCUGAAUGAUACCUGCUAUAAUAAUGAUAGUGGAAGUAGGUUGUGUACGAGGGAAGAAGCUAGAAGCGAGCAUGUGUGGAAUGUUCUAAAAGCUGAAAUUUCGUCUGUGACCAACCAACUUGAGUAGAGAAAAGUGUUUUCCAGCGCAGAAAAGAUAAAAGAAAAAGAUAUACCUUGUGUCUGUGCAGAAAGUCAUAUGUAAUUCACGUACCGUACGAAGAAGAGGAAGAGAGAGAUAGAGGGAGUGGGAAAAACAAGUUUUCCAAAGUGCGAAGCAUCAAGCCAACAUACACCUAUAAUGCGAGAAGAAGACGUAUUGUAGUAGAUAUUGUGUGCUAGCAAAUAUCAGAAGAAUAAGAAUAAAAGCGUGUUUGUGUAUGUUUGCUAUCCGUGUUUGUGUAUGUUUGUGCUUCCUGCGUGUUAUAUAAUUGCAUCGGGGGCAUUUAUCACCUACUCCUCCUGGCUUCCAGGCAACAAGGGCCUCGUCGCAGUCAGUCAGCGCCACCCACUCGCCCAGAUUGACUGAAUCAAGUUGGGCGAAUGAAUAUAAACAAACAUUUCAAUUUACUGAAGCUAAAAUAUUAAUUGAAGUUCGAAAAGUGUGUAUUUGUGUCUGGCGAAGGAAGAAGGUCAAGAUCAUCGCCUCUGUGAUCAUCAGUUUUAUCGCUUAUUGCUGCUGCUGCUGCUGCCGGUGCUUCUGUACGUGAGAAUAGUGAUCGUCGUUGGAUACGUAUAGCUACGACCAUUUUACUACCGCUACAGCGAGUGGACAAUUGUCCCCGAUGCAUCCUUCGAAUUGAAACCACUCGAGGAGGGAGGAGUAGGACGAUGCUGCCGCUGUGGAUGCAAUCCGUGGGAUUCGUGCCAAAAGAAGAGUGGUUGGAGUGCGCGGAAAACGAUACGCCCUUGCCGUCCACUGAGAAGACGAGAUUUAUGGAGCAUUGAGUUCGAAAUUGAGUGUAGUUUGUGCUCCCGUCGCCAGAUGCGCGAUUUGUGAUCUAGGUUAAGGUUUACCACCUCCGUGUUUGUUUGUUUGUGUCGUAUUUGUGUGUCUGAAACAACAACUGAGUAGUGAAAAUGGGAGACGGCACAAUGGGAUCGGUUAGCUUCCUUCACCUGGGAGACAUUGUCUCCCUGUAUUCGGAGGCAAGCAUUUCUGGCUUUCUGAGCACUCUGGGCUUGGUAGAUGACCGAGUUGUCGUUUGUCCCGGUGCGGGUGAUUUAAAUGAUCCGCCGGAAAAGUUCCGGGACUGUCUGAUUAAAAUAUGCCCCAUGAAUCGGUAUUCGGCUCAAAAACAGUUCUGGAAGGCAGCAAAGCAAAGUACCACAACGAAUACGGAUACCAGCUUGCUCAAGCGGUUGCAUUUUGCAGCUUCUAGAAAAAAGCUUCCAGUAUCCAGUUCAUGCUUUAAGUUAUCGCAUUCUGCUUAUCAUUUUUUGUACCACGCCGCCGAAAUCGAGAAAAAGCAAAACGAAUCCGAGAACAAGAAACUGCUGGGAACGGUCGUGCAGUACGGUAGCGUCGUGCAGCUGCUGCAUCUGAAAUCAAACAAAUAUGUCACCGUCAACAUACGGCUGCCGGCCCUGCUGGAGAAGAAUGCCAUGCGCGUCUAUCUGGACGCCAACGGCAACGAAGGUUCCUGGUUCUACAUUAUGCCAUUCUACAAACUUCGCUCGGCCGGAGAUAACGUAGUGGUCAAUGAUAAGGUCAUAAUGAAACCAGUCAAUGCGAACCGGCAGAAUUUGCACGUCGCUGCAAAUUACGAACUGCCGGAUAAUCCCGGUAGUAAGGAAGUUAACGUUCUGAAUUCCUCGUCGUCAUGGAAGAUAACGUUGUUCAUGGAACAUCGCGAGAAUCAAGAGGACGUGUUGAAGGGAGGGGACGUGGUCAGGUUGUUCCAUGCCGAGCAGGAAAAGUUUUUGACCAUGGACGAGUUCAAGAAACAGCAGCAUGUAUUCCUGCGGACUACGGGUAGGACGAGUGCUACUGCGGCGACGAGCAGUAAAGCACUUUGGGAGAUCGAAGUCGUUCAACAUGAUUCGUGCCGGGGAGGAGCUGGCCAUUGGAAUUCUCUGUUUCGGUUCAAGCACUUGGCCACGGGGUACUACCUGGCGGCAGAGAUCGAUGAUGACAUAUCGCGAACGGAGAAGUCCAGCAAUUCUAGCCAUCCGCAAGGUGAUUCAUUCCGGUUGGUGUCCGUGCCGCAUUCAACGGAUAUUGCUUCGGUGUUUGAACUGGAUUCAACUACCAUUACAAGGCCAGAGGGAUUGGUACCCCAGAAUAGUUAUGUGCGCAUGCGACAUCUCUGUUCCAAUACGUGGGUUCAUGCAACGUCUUCUCCUAUUGACGCAGAUGAAGAUAAGCCAGUAAUGUCCAAGGUGGGUUGUUCUGCGAUCAAAGAGGACAAGGAAGCCUUCCAGUUGAUUCCCGUUUCUCCGGUGGAGGUUCGAGACUUGGACUUCGCAAACGAUGCCUGCAAGUUACUGCAAGCUAUGAGUACAAAGUUGGAAAACGGUACCAUAUCGCCGAAUGAGAGGCGUGCGUUGAUUGCCCUGCUUCAGGAUAUUGUCUUCUUCAUCGCAGGUCAGGAAAACGAACAGAACAAAAGCGAUGCACUCGAUCUGACGAUAAACAAUCCGAAUCGAGAUCGUCAGAAGUUGCUCCGAGAGCAGUACAUCCUGAAGCAGCUGUUCAAGAUCUUGCAAGGCCCAUUCCAGGAAACGAAGAACAAUGAUGGUCCAUUCUUGAAGAUAGAUGAGCUGGGUGAUCCAAAGAACGCUCCCUAUAAAAACAUUUUUCGGUUAUGCUAUCGGAUACUCAAGCUCAGCCAGCAGGAUUAUCGAAAAAAUCAAGAGUAUAUUGCGAAACACUUCGGACUGAUGCAGAAGCAGAUCGGAUACGACAUUUUAGCCGAGGAUACGAUCACAGCAUUGUUGCAUAACAAUCGAAAGCUGCUGGAGAAGCACAUCACCGCCGCCGAAAUUGAAACGUUCGUCGGUCUUGUGCGGAAGAACAUGAACAACUGGCAGUCCCGUUUCCUGGACUACCUGUCGGAUCUUUGCGUGUCCAACAAGAAGGCCAUCGCCGUAACUCAGGAAUUGAUAUGCAAGAGCGUUCUAAGUGCGAAAAAUGCUGACAUUUUGCUAGAGACUUUCCUGCGGGAGGUUGACGAUGAGCGGUUGGGCUAUUUGAACGAACUGGAACGAGGUAAUCGCCAGUUCACGGAAAUCCGGGAGGUGGACGAGACCAACGAAGGUGAGCUGGAAGGGGAAAAGGCCGGUUCCAAGUCGGUCGGUGGCACUCCCAAAAAGCUGGACGAAAGAAAGCGUUACGAGGUGGUCCUGAUGUGGGAGAAUCGAACGCAAUCGAAAUCCAUGAGUCGACUAGCGCAGGGACUCAAAAUAGGCCGAACGCACGACAUAGCCAUCAUGGAGUACUACCGACACCAGCUGAAUCUGUUCUCCAACAUGUGCCUCAACCGGCAAUAUUUGGCACUGAACAACCUUUCGCCGCAUCUGGACAUCGAUCUGAUUCUACGAUGCAUGUCCGAUAAGACCAUUCCGUACGAUAUGAGGGCUUCGUUCUGCCGGUUAAUGCUGCAUCUGCACGUGGAUCGCGAUCCUCAGGAACCGGUCACGCCGGUCAAAUACGCCAGGCUUUGGUCGGAAAUUCCAUCCGUGAUGUCCAUCAACGAUUAUGACAUCGAGAAGCAACCGGACAGCAACAAGGAAGCCGUUCGGGCCCGCUUCAACAAGACGAUCGCCUUCGUCGAAGACUACUUGUGCAACCACGUGGUUUCGAAAAUGUGGUUUGCUGACCAGGACCAAAACAAGCUCACCUUCGAGGUGGUCAAGCUGGCCCGGGACCUCAUCUACUUUGGCUUCUACAGCUUCAGCGACCUGCUCCGACUGACGAAAACCCUGCUCAACAUUCUGGAUUGUGUUUCGAACAACGAUGCCGACGGCAGCGGCCUACCGACGGGACACAUCGACUCUGAGGGCGGUGUCCUGCGGCGAAUCGGCGACAUGGGAGCCGUUAUGACCUCCCUGACGUUGGGUCCGAUCUCAACUGCUCUGGUUUCGCCCAACAUUCAGCAUCGCAAGUCCGUUUCGCAGUACUUGAAGGAGUACCCGCUGGUGAUGGACACCAAGCUGAAGAUCAUUGAAAUUUUGCAAUUUAUCCUGGACGUUCGUCUGGACUAUCGAAUCAGUUGUCUGUUGUCGAUUUUCAAGCGGGAAUUUGACGAGAAUGAGCAAACUGCCAACAGCCACCAGCCGCAACCGACUGCUCCGCUUACUCCACUUGCUCAACCAGUUGUUCCUGCUGUUCCCUCUACGGAAGCUUCACUCGUGGACACUACUUCGGAUUCGGUUUCGCUAUUGUCAGCCUCGACCGUUGAGACUAUUGUGGAGUCAACUACUGAGGAGACACAGCCAGUCAGUCCGGAACCGAAACCGGAUGUUAAACCGGAAGUCAAAUUGGGACCUGCUACUACUGAAAACAUUAAUCUCCGACAGAAGAAUAUUGAUCUCGAGUCGAUUGGUGUCCAGGCGGAAGGGAUCUUCGGUUGUAAUGAAGAUACGUAUAACCCUUUGGAUUUGGAUGGUCAAGGAGGGCGAACGUUCUUGCGAGUCCUACUGCACUUGAUCAUGCAUGAGUAUCCGGCGCUGGUGUCCGGAGCUCUUCACCUACUCUUCCGGCACUUCAGCCAGCGGCAGGAGGUUUUGCACGCAUUCCGGCAAGUUCAACUGUUGGUAUCGGAUAGUGACGUCGAGUCCUACAAGCAGAUAAAGUCAGAUCUUGAUGUGCUGCGACAGAGUGUCGAGAAAUCGGAACUAUGGGUUUACAAAUCCAAACAGUCCGAUGAGCUUCAGCAAGCAGGUGAAGGCGGUGAGGCUGGAGAUGGCCAGAAACAGGAUAAAGAUACGAACUCGUCUGGUGCCAAAGUGAAACCAGAGUUGGUCAAGCAGGAAUCUCAGCUGAACUUUGAUCAGGGUCCGGAGCUGAAUCCGGAACAGGCCGCUGAGUAUAAGAAAAUUCAGCAGAUUUUGAUCAGGAUGAAUAAGCUAUGCAUCACAACAGGUCCAGCUGACGUCAUUAAGCCCAGGAAGCACGAACAACGGCUACUUCGGAACGUGGGCGUCCACACCGUCGUGCUGGAUCUGCUACAAAUUCCAUACGACGAGAAAGAUGACUACCGGAUGAAUGAGCUGAUGCGCCUGGCUCACGAAUUUCUGCAAAACUUCUGCUUAGGAAACCAGCAGAAUCAAAUUCUGCUUCACAAGCAACUGGAUCUAUUCCUGAAUCCUGGUAUUCUGGAAGCGGAAACCGUCUGCGCCAUCUUCAAGGACAAUCUAAACCUGUGCAACGAGGUUAGUGAUAAGGUCGUGCAGCACUUUGUCCACUGCAUCGAGAUUCACGGUCGCCAUGUAGAGUAUCUCAAGUUUCUGCAGACGAUCAUCAAAGCGGAGAAUCAAUUCAUCCGCAAGUGUCAAGAUAUGGUCAUGCAGGAGCUGGUCAAUGCCGGCGAGGAUGUGCUGGUGUUCUAUAACGACAAAUCUUCGUUCAACUACUUUGUUGAGUUGAUGAGAAACUACAGCAGUGGUGAUCUGGUCGAUCCUAGUCCUUUGAUGUAUCACAUCGAACUGGUCAAGCUGCUGGCCUGUUGUACGAUGGGUAAGAAUGUAUAUACGGAAAUCAAGUGCAAUAGCUUGCUGGCGUUGGACGACAUAGUUGCAAUGAUAUCGCAUCCGGAUUGCAUUCCGGAGGUGAAGGUAGCCUACGUAGAUUUUCUAUGCCAUUGCUACAUCGACACGGAGGUGGAAGUGAAGGAAAUCUAUUCCUCCAACCACAUGUGGUGUUUGUUCGAGAAGUCGUUCCUGAUCGAUAUCAAUAAUGUGGUGAAAGGUGGAAGCUAUACGAACCGUCAGCUGGAGAAUUAUGUGUGCAACGAAAUUAUGAACAUCCUGACCACGUUCUUCAACAGUCAAUUCUCGGAUCAGAGCACGGCGCUGCAGAAACGCCAGCUGAUCUUCGUGAAAAUCCUGCAAUCCUCCUUCAAGCUGACCCAGUGCAAAUGGCUGUCACCUUCGCAGCGGUUCAACGUGGAGAACUGCAUCCGAACGCUGUCGGAGAAGGCCAAACCGCGUGGCAUCGCCAUUCCGAUCGACCUGGAAAACCAGGUGGUUAAAAUGUUCAACAAGACUGCACUGCUGUCGCGCCAGACCAGCAAGUGGCUUCUGGUGACCAAGCAGACCAAGAUGGAACGGUCCCAGUCGCAGAUUAUGCGGAUGGACCGGAGCAUAAUCGAGGGGCUGCAGGACAUUGUUUCGCUCCUGGAGGACAAGCUGAAACCGCUGGUGGAAGCCGAACAGUCGCUGCUGGUGGAUAUCCUGUACAAGUCGGAGUUGCUGUUUCCUGUCAACACAGAAUCGAGGAAGAAGUGUGAGAGUGGAGAUUUUAUUCGGCAUUUGAUAAAACACACGGAGAAGUUGCUGGAGGAGAAAGAGGAGAAGUUGUGUGUGAAGAUAUUGAAAACGCUCAAGGAGAUGAUGACGAUCGAUUGCGAUUACGGGGACAAAGGGGAUCAUUUGCGGACGAUUUUGCUGAAAAGGUACUUUGGGCAUGAGUUUGUUCAGCCUGCGUUGCCGGUGCAAGCCGGUGACCUAUUGAAGGGAGUUGAACAACACACUGUACCGGUAGGGCUUCCCUUGGCUACCAUUUCUCACGGACCGGGAGCAAAGUAUCUGAUCCGGGCCGGAAGGACAUUGCAUGAAGUUCAGAAUGAUCUGGAUAAGGAGGGGGCGAGUGAUUUGGUGAUCGAACUGGUGAUUAAAUCGAUCAAUUCGCCUUCGAUAUUUGUGGAGGCGAUCGAACUGGGAAUAGCACUGUUGGAGGGUGGAAAUCCUAUAAUUCAGAAGGGAAUGUAUAAUAAGUUUUUGAGUAACGAUUUGAGCCAGUCGUUCUUCAAGGUGUUUUUCGACAAGAUGAAGGAUUCUCAACAGGAGAUCAAGUCAACGGUCACGGUGAAUACGUCGGAUAUGGCUGCCAGCAAGGUGAAUGAGAGUAAAUCGGAUGGCAAGGAUUUCGAUAAGAUCCAGAGGAAGAAUGUGAACAAGGUGAACGGCAUUGUUAUUACGGAUGACUUCAAAGAAGAGCUGCAGAAUGCGGCGUUGGUUACUCAACAGUCAUUCAUCAAUGCUAGGAAUUUGGCAGCAGCAUCGGAUGGAACGAGUUCCGAGAAUGGCGAUGAUAGCGCUUUGAUGAGCAUAGGAACUUCCGCUCUGGAGGAUAUCCUGGCUGAAAAAUUGGAAAAGCAUAAGGAUAAAGAUGAGAAUAACAAACUGUCCAACAAAGUUCUUGUCAUGCAACCGAUCCUUCGGUUUCUGCAGCUUCUCUGCGAAAAUCACAACCCAGAGCUGCAGAACCUAUUGAGGAAUCAGAACAACAAAACGAACAACAAUUUGGUUUCGGAAACUUUGAUGUUCCUCGAUUGCAUCUGUGGCUCGACUACGGGAGGACUCGGUCUGCUGGGUCUGUACAUCAACGAGAAUAACGUGUCUCUGAUCAACCAAACCUUGGAAACGCUAACGGAGUACUGCCAGGGACCUUGCCAUGACAAUCAGAACUGCAUAGCCACGCACGAAUCCAACGGGUUGGAUAUCAUAACGGCGCUAAUUCUGAACGACAUCAAUCCGUUGGGCAAGAAUCGAAUGGAUCUCGUUCUGGAGCUUAAAAACAAUGCUUCCAAACUGCUGCUUGCAAUUAUGGAGUCUCGAGGGGACAGUGAAAAUGCGGAGCGAAUCUUAGCCAACAUGAAUCCCAAACAGCUGGUGGAUGUUGCUUGUCGAGCGUACCAUCAGGACGAGAAUAUCCUCCUCCUACUGAAUCAAGGAGAUGGAAAUACGGAUGACAACUACAGCAUGAAGCAUGAUCUGGCGGAUGACCAGAACGACGACGACGAUGUUGGGGUUUCCCCAAAGGAAGUCGGUCAUAAUAUCUACAUCCUAUGCCACCAACUCGCUCAGCAUAACAAAGAGCUGGCAAAUCUGCUGAAGAUCGACACUUACAGCGCUGCCACCACUAAUAACGAAAGUCGAAGUGGGAUCACCAUACCGCCUCCAGUACCGGCAAGCACCAGCAAAGCCAAUACGAAAAUGAAUCAAGCCUUACUGUUCUAUCAGACCCACACGGCGCAAAUUGAAAUCGUACGGCAUGACCGCACCUUGGAACAGAUUGUGUUCCCGAUUCCGGAAAUUUGCGAGUACCUGACGAAGGAUACGAAGGUGCGUGUUCUGAACACUGCAGAGCGGGAUGAUCAGGGUAGUAAGGUGGCCGACUUUUUCGACCGUCACGAAGCUAUGUUCAACGAAAUGAAGUGGCAGAAGAAGCUCCGCGGACAACCGGCGCUGUUCUGGGUCAGCAGCUACAUGUCUCUGUGGAGCAACAUUCUGUUCAAUCUAGCCGUACUGAUGAAUCUGAUUGUGGCGUUUUUCUACCCCUUCGAGAAUAGUGUACCUGAGUUAAGCUUCCACCUGUCGUCCCUCAUCUGGAUUGUAACGCUCGUGUCGCUGGCCAUCGUGAUCACUCUUCCGAGACAAUCCGGCAUACGGACGUUCGUUGUGGCGCUCAUCCUGCGGCUGAUAUUCUCCUGCGGACCGGAACCGACCGUUUGGCUGCUGGGAUGUGUGACCGUGAUCAUGAAGGGAGUUCACAUCAUCAGCCUGAUGGGCAAUUACGGUACGCUGGAGAAACACCUGCUGAAGAUCAUCACAGAUGCGGAACUGCUGUAUCACUUUGGAUAUCUAUCGUUCUGCGUCUUUGGUGUGCUGCUGCAUCCCUUCUUCUUCUCAAUUCUGCUUUUCGACGUAGUAUACCGGGAGGAAACCUUGCUGAACGUGAUUCGUUCUGUCACCCGCAACGGUCGGUCCAUCGUACUGACGGCGGUUCUAGCUCUCAUCCUGGUGUACAUGUUCUCCAUCAUCGGGUACAUGUUCUUCCGGGACGAUUUCCUGGUUCCGGUGGACGAAGAUUACGUGGCUCCAGAAUCAGAUCCCACAGCGUGCGUCGAAUCGGAAUCACGAAGUCAUAUGCUUCCGGACGGUCUCCAAGGCAGUGAACCGUACUGUACUCGGCCUCAGUCGGACGAUACGAAUGGAGGCGGUGAAGAAAUGAAAGAACGAGGCUGCGAUUCGAUGGUCAUGUGUAUCAUUACAACGCUCAACCAGGGCCUUCGGAACGGAGGUGGCAUCGGGGAUAUCCUUCGGGCGCCCAGCCGCAAGGAGACCCUCUUCGUACCGCGUGUAAUCUACGAUUUGCUGUUCUUCUUCAUCGUCAUUAUUAUUGUGUUGAACUUGAUUUUCGGUGUCAUCAUCGAUACUUUUGCCGAUCUGAGAAGCGAGAAGCAGCAGAAGGAACUGAUUCUGAAGAAUACCUGCUUCGUAUGCGGGUUGAAUCGGUCGGCGUUUGAUAACAAAACGGUUAGCUUCGAGGAGCACAUCAAGAACGAGCACAACAUGUGGCACUACCUGUACUUUAUCGUGCUGGUCAAGGUGAAGGAUCCGACGGAGUUUACCGGUCCGGAGAGCUACGUACAUGCGAUGGUGAAGGCAAACAUUCAAGAUUGGUUCCCACGGUUGCGUGCCAUGUCGUUGGCGGCUGUGGACGGCGACGGGGAGCAGAUAGAGCUUAGAAGUCUCAAAAAUCUGCUGGAAACGAAUCACAUUGCCGUGCGGGAAUUGACUACUCAGAUUAUGGAACUGGAGAACAAGAUGACCGAGCAGCGCAAGCAACGUCAGCGCCACGCACUACUGAAUCCAACGACAUCAACAUCGUACCAGUUCUAUCCGCAAAUAUGAUGUUCAACUUCCGAAAACCUUCAGGACAGGAAGUGAUAUGCCUAAACAAUCCGAACUAGCCACAAUAUUCUGUAUAAAGUUUAUGUAUAGUAGGGACGUUCAAAAGAUUAUGAAUCGUUAUCAUCUAGGUAGAAAAUCUAAGAGCAUGGCACGUGCAUUCAUUGGUAUUGUGAUCAAUAGUAUAUUCACUAAAAAAAAAAAACAGAUUAGUUAUAUUACACCGUUCGAAAUUGUGCUCAAACUUGAGUGUCAUUGAUGUUAUAUUAUUAUAGUAAAUGAUAGGCAAAAAGAUACAAUGAAUCUUAAAACAUUUCCUAAACAGGAUAUUGAUGCACGUAUCUCACACAAAUAUGAAACCUAACUAUCCGCAGUACUCAUCAGAAUUAACCUUGUCUUUUGAAACAGUUGUGAAUCGGCAUGGUAUACCUACAUGCUUUACUCACUAGCAAAAUUUUCAAUCCACCUAUAACUAACUGACUUAUUCAACCAAUCAGACUGUACUUUACCAACGAACAUGGCGUCGAGCUUGCUAAACGAUCCACGGUUUCGGCUUUCGUUGUGAUUGUCUUUUUAUAUCUACUUACCUUUUACUUGUUAACCAUUUAAACCCUAACAUCGACAAUACCUAUUAUAUUAGUUAUUAGUGUAAUUCCUAUUAGACUGCUACAAUUUUCUCUUUAUCGCUAUCAUUCCCAAAAACGUAAUAUAUGUAUCUCUUACAUCGAACAUCUCUAACCCUUUACAUUGGAGCUAAAAUUAAAAAAUUCCCUUUCGUUAUGUGAUAUCUUUGCUCUUCUUAGAACUCUGCUUUCGCGACAAACCGUUUUAGUAAGUUCAAAAUUUUACUCCUACGACUUCUAUUAGAUUAAUUUUAAGCAUACAAUGGCUACAACUUCCAGCGAGGUAAACGAAACAAUCCUACUAACUUAACAAUCCAUCAUUUGAUGUUGCCUUUUGUUGAAUCAUUGCUUAGCAAUUGCUAUGUUGUCUGCAUGUCUAAUGAAAUUUGUUAUUUUAUUUCCGUUAAUAGUGUUGUACGAGAAUUGAAUCGAGCAUAAAUCAAUCAAAGUUGUGUCUGCAAUUAAAAUCCAAUACACUGUGAGGUUUAAGAAUUAAAAUUACCUAGUUGCAUAAUGUUUAUCGUUACUGUUUCUAUGCGAAAAUUGCAUCAUACUUUUACGUAAAUUUAUAGAGCACGGUAAAUUAUUUUUUUUCAGUGAUAGAUAACAUUCUUUUAGCAAAGGAGAUGUUGUUAUUGUUGGUAACGUUAUUUUACUCAGUAGCGCGAAGGCAAAAGGAAAUCCCGUCUGGAGAAGUUAUCGCAAAAAGAAGUUUUUCUUCGAUAAUGAAACGGUAGUUGUAGCGUUCUAGAAUAAUUAACAUAAUAAAUUAUGGUGAUUCAAUUUACGAUAA